AUGACAAACAUCAAGUCAUUCAUAAAAGAUCGAGUCAAGUCGAUAGCCGCUAGCCUAACUUGGUGCCAUAACCCGCCAAGAGUUGGUCCUUGCUGUGAUGGGAAGCGUCCCCAGUGUAGCCAAUGUGUUCUUACUAAGAGAAAAUGCAAUGGGUACAACGAGCACUGGAAGUUCGUUUAUCAUGCUGGGUCUUUGCGCUCUCCUGGCCGCUCAAACGAUACAAAGCCGACAUGCGACAUGAUUCCUUAUGUGAACCAGGAAGCUUCGAAGUCGCCAUGGGGUCCCUCAAUUCAGGUGGCGAAGAAUCACCCAAAGCAGGUUCGGAACGCACAUCUUGUUGUGCCUCGCGGCUUGCUCUCUUUACAGUUAAGUGUACAUGCUCUCACGGAAACUAUAAAAGACAUGUAUUUGCCGACUGAAGCGACAAUAGUCGAAGUCAUUCACGGAAAAGAGCAAAUAUGCGGUGCGUGGGUGAAGGAACUGUCUGUUAUUUUUGCCCAAUCCAGUACGGAGCAUGCUGAGUUGCUUUUUCGAGUUAUAAAGGUCUUGGCGGGCUCAGUUUAUCCUCAAGGCUCGACAAUUCGAUACUCAGACACCGAGAUGGGUCGCGACUACCGCGGGGUGCUUCAAAUGGUUCGCACUCGUCUAGCAGCCAACGGCCGGUGCUUUGAACUAGUACCAGCUAUGAUGUGUCUUGCUCUUGCUGAAGACGGCUCUAUGUGCACAUACUACCGCUAUAAGGGUAUUCUUUGA